UCCUCGCUAUGAGCUACAGCUAACGCUAGGUGGAGUUGGACUAAAAGCUUCACUCAAACUAACAGACGUGAUGAACUGACUAAUGUCCAUCCCAGAAGAGGGAAACUAUCCUGCAGCUCUCAGCACCAGCCCUCCUCCUCAGUAGCAGUACAGUUCAGCUGGAGGAAACAACUAUGAGAGAGUAGCUAGAAUGCACGGACAAUUCAUGUAAAUGGCGCUUGUCAAAAGGAAAUUAUAUCAGCGAUUGCUGUUCUUUGCCGUUUUUCUUCCAAUCUCAGGUGUUUUAUGCUUUAGUGAGUUAUUUUUCAUCAAGGAACCCCAUGAUGUUACUGCCAUGCGGCGAGAAGCUGUUAUUUUGGACUGUCAGGCGCAUGGAGAGUCACCCAUCGACGUCAGAUGGCUCAAGAAUGGAGUAAAAGUGGUGGAGAACGAGCGGGUGUACAUGCUCUCCAAUGGCUCCCUUUAUAUUUCAGAGGUGGAGAGCAGAAGAGGAGACAAAUCAGAUGAAGGGCUCUAUCAGUGCCUUGCUCAGAACAAGUAUGGUGCAAUCCUGAGCCAGAAAGCCCGUCUUACAAUCGCAAGUAUCUCCUCUUUUGCAAUCCAGCCAACAUCCAUAGUGGUGACUCAAGGCUCAGUCGCCAGGUUUUCCUGCAAAAUCAGUGCACACCCUCCUCCCAUCAUCACCUGGGAGUUCAAUCGGGUUACAUUACCCCUUUCCACUGAAAGAAUCACAGUCCUGCCCAGUGGUGUUCUUCAGAUUCAUGGGGUGCAGCGGGCAGAUGCUGGAAAUUACCGCUGCAUCGCCACCAACAUUGCGAGCCGUCGCCGAAGCACGGAGGCCACCCUCACUGUCAUGCCAGCUCCCAGCCCCCAGCUUCCCCAGAGGCCGCGCAUCAUCGCCGGGCCCCAGAACAUUUCAGUGUCGCUGCACCAGAAUGCCAUCCUGGAGUGCAUGGCCACAGGCAAUCCUCGACCCAUCAUCUCCUGGAGCCGAGCAGACAGCAAGUCUAUCGAUGUUUACAACACCAAGGUGUUGGGAAAUGGCAACCUCAUUAUUACAGACAUUAAGCCCCAGCAUGGAGGAGUGUAUAUGUGCCGUGCCACCACUCCCGGCACGCGAAACUAUACUGUGGCUUCAGCCAAUGUCACUGUGUUAGCACCACCUUCCUUGGUCGAGUGGCCGGAGAGCCUAACCCGUCCACGUGCCGGCACUGCCCGCUUUGUGUGCCAAGCUGAAGGAGUUCCAACGCCUUACAUCACAUGGCUCAAGAAUGGAGAGAAAGUUCACUCCAAUGGUCGAAUCAAGAUGUACAACAGCAAACUAGUCAUCAACCAGAUCAUCCCAGAGGACGACGCCAUCUAUCAGUGCCAGGCAGAGAACGAGCAGGGAUCGGUCCUCUCCAUGGCUAGACUCAUUGUUGUGAUGUCUGAGGAUCGGCCGAGUGCCCCCAGGAACAUCCGAGCUGACACCGUGUCCAGCUCCGCCAUCCUUCUGGCUUGGGAGAGACCCCUGUAUAACUCGGAUAAAGUUAUUGCUUACUCAGUGCACUACAUGAAGGCUGAAGGAUUAAACAACGAGGAAUAUCAAGUUGUCAUUGGAAACGAUACAACUCGCUACAUUAUUGAUGAUCUGGAGCCGGCUCGCAACUACACCUUCUAUGUCGUGGCCUACAUGCCCAUGGGAGCCAGUCGUAUGUCAGACCACGUGUUCCAGCACACACUCGAGGAUGUUCCCCUCCGCGCCCCUGAGCUCAGCCUCACCAGCAACAGCCCCAUGGACAUCCAGGUGUCUUGGCAGCCCCUCCCGGACAAGCUGAGUCGUGGCAGAGUCUCUGCCUACCGUUUGGCUUUUCGCACCAGUGCGGAGAAUACAGUCGCACAGGUGGAGCUACCUGGAGAGAAGACCCAGCAUCUCCUGGAAAACCUGCAGCCCGAUACAAUCUACCUCCUGCGUAUAGUUGCUGCCACUAGCAUAGGGUGGGGUGAGCAGUCUGCCUGGACGUCCCAUCGCACUCCAAAGGCAUCCAGUGCUCGAGUUCCUCUGGCUCCCGAUCUACAUUUGGAGCCUUUGAAUUGCACCACUAUUUUGGCACGCUGGCAGCUCGCACCCAGGAACUCAGCCAGCGUACAAGGCUACAGGCUCUUCUACCAUGAGGAGAGCCAGGCAGAGAAUGCCCCGGUUCAGCUGCGUGCCUCGGCUAAUACACACACCAUCGGAGGCCUUGACCCAAGGAAGAAGUAUCACGUAAAACUUCUGGCUUAUAAUUUCGUUGGGGAUGGCUACCAGGCAGACCAGACUAUCAGCACCCCUGGAUGUGUCUCUGUUAGAGAUCGCAUGGUGCCGCCUCCACCUCCUCCGCACAAUCUGUAUGCCAAGACUAACAGUUCCACCGCUGUAUUACUGCACUGGGGUCGACCAGCAUUCACCUCCAGCCAUGCGGUCAACUACACCGUCCGCUGUAACCCAGUCGGCCUGCAGAACGCCUCCCUGGUGCUCUACCUGCAGACGAGUGAGCAGAGCCUCCUGGUGCGAGAUCUGCAGCCCAACACCAGGUACGAAUUUGCUGCUCGCCUUCACAUUGACCAGCUGUCCAGCCCCUGGAGCCCUGUGGUCUACCAGAGCACUUUCCCUGACGCUCCCACUCUGCCCCCUUCCAACGUGAAAGUGACUAUGAUUGAGGAGGACACGGCGCUGGUUUCAUGGAAACCCCCGGAUGAACCCAACGUAGCUGUGACACAUUACACGAUCCUGUACGCCUCCAGACAUGCCUGGAUAGCUGGGGAAUGGCAAGUGCUGCAAAGAGAAGGGAGCAUCACCAUGGCACUGCUGGAGAACCUGAAGCCUGGCCACUUCUACUUGGUGAAAGUUUCUGCGUCCAACGACAUGGGUGACGGACCGUUUUCUCACAUGGUGGAGCUGACAGUACGAGCAGAUCUCUCCUCUGGUCACGAUCCCCGGCUCUCCCGUGGCUCCGCACACUCCACAGCCUUUUCCGAUGGCUUCUACCACCUGGACCAAAAGUCAAUGACAGGGAUCACUGUGGGAGUCUGCAUCGCGCUCAUCUGCAUCAUCAUUUGCGCUUUCAUCAUCAUCUGCAGAGGCAAAAACAGGAAAUUUUCAGCUGUUAAAAUGUACAGAGAAGGAGAGAAUACAUCUGCCUCGGCUGCAGCACAUCUGAGCUCUUUGGGGCAAGCUGAGAGUGCCGAUGUGACCGUGCCAAUGAUGAGUCAAAACCAUUUCAUUGAUACAAAGGGUGGAACUAAUCUCAUUAUCAAUUGUCUUGGCCCUGUUCAGCCCAGCACUGAGAAGAAAGAUAAAUGGUUUUCCUUCAGCAGUAAUGUGAAAAAGGACAAUAUGUCAGUGCAGAAUAUGAGACAUGGCACUACCUCCUUCCAGCCCGGUACCACAGUGUUGACCUUUGAAGAGGAGCUGUCCAUGUCUCCAGACCAGCCUACCACCCCGCAGGCCCUCCUCUGGAGUCCCGGUGACACGGAGGGCUCCUCCAACAGUGAGAGCAGCCACGCAACCGGUGACUCGGGUCGUUACUCUCACGACGAGACAGAGAUGACCAACCUGUCGUCUGGUCCCAGCAGCCGCCCGCCGUCUCUGACAGCGGAGGACAGUGGAGGCUCGGACUGCAGCAGCCCUGCGGAAGAGCCUGGCGAGCCACUGGGGAAAAGUCAGACUGACCUGAAGUUAAUGGAGUCCAUCAAGAGUGGCUGCUGUCAUCAGGAACCGCAGAGCUGUUCCCAGUCUGCACUUUCUCUCCAAGUGUGUGGACAUGUGCCUGAGUGUGUGUGAGACUGUGUGUGUGUGUGUGUGUGUGUUUGUUUGUGUGCUUGUGUGUGUGAGAGAGAGAGACUGCGUGUACUAGGCAGCGGUGUACUUGCAAAAGACUGGACUGAAGUAGAAAAACAGCUGUGCAGGUCACAUCAUGGAAAUGUCUAUGUAUUCACUGCGGCGUCCUAUAUUUUUUAUCCAUGCCAGUGAGGGCAGUGAAAACUUAAAGGAAUAGUUCGACAUUUUGGGAAAUACACAAAUUCUUUAUGGCAGAGAAUGAAUACUACUCUUUAGUCUGUUAAAUGUAAGGCUACACCUAGAAGCCUGUUAGCUUAGCCCAAAGACUGGAAACGGGAGGGGAACAGCUGAGCCUGGCUCUUUCCAAAAGGAACAAAAUCAGCACCUCUAAAGCUCAUUGUUGUUAUAUUUUGUGUAUGAAGUGUUAAAACAACAAGUUGUGGUUUUUUGGCUGUUGUGCUGGAUUAUUUCUUAGCCGGGACCCGUAACUUCCUGGAGGAUUGUCAUUUUUACACUUUUAUUAACUGUGGACAGAGACAGACUAGCUGUUUCCCCCUGUUUCCAGUCUUUGUGAUAAGCUAAGCUGACUGGCUGCUGGUGGUAGCUUCAUAUUUACUGUACAGACAUAAUAGUGGUAUCAAUCUUCUCACCUAACUUACACCUAACUAAUCCUUAAACUACAUAGCUGCCACCAAGAGAAACAGGAAAUAAUGGUAACACUCAGAACACUUAGAAAACAACAACAACGAGCCAAGCUAAGGACGGAUUUGACUAAUAUUCAUCCACGUAAACCUCCUGCAGUUAUUUUCUGUUGCAAGUGUACCACAGGCCUGAAUGUAAGAGUGAGAGAGAGGUGUAAAGAAACAAAGAGCCCUUUUUUUUAAACCUUAAACCUAAUCCUCUUUUGGUCCAACACGCAAUGAACAAAAAGCCAACAAAAGCCUUUUACAGUAUAAAAUAUUGGCAGAGAGCAUCAUUUGAUUUCUUUUACUUCUUUCUUUUUCAUUUAAUGAAUGUCCUUUAUUUUCUCUUUAUUUGUAUGUUUUUGGGAAAAAAAACUCACCCACCAUGAAUGUUUAAAAAGCCUGUCAAAAAUGUGACAAAAGUGACAUUUUUUGACAUUAUUUAAGAGAGUUUAUCACUGGAGCGAAAGGGAAGCGCAGGUCCUUUUCACUGAUUAUCUACCUCGGUUUGCCUCCGGGUAAACUUCCACUGUAUAUUUAAUAACUACUUAUACCUACGUUAUGUGAUGGGCUGCUUCAGUUACAUUACGUUUGAUACUUCCUGAUGACUUUCGUCUGAUUGUCAUCCCAUUUUGUGAUUUUCUUUUACUUUUUUCUGAUUUAGUGGUUGGUAAGGGCGCUGCAGCUUUCUCCUCUCCGCCUGUGUUGACUGAAGGAUGGAAAAAACACACACACAGUUUCUUAUUUAUCUCCUCAGAUGUUGCUGAGGUACUGAGCCAGUAUUAAUAAUACGUUUUGAUCAUUUUGUCCAUUGUUGAGUAAUGGUGUGAAAACGAAUGUCUGCUUUUUGUUUUAUACGUCAGUGAGCAGCUGCCCUUGCCAUUCCUGUUUUAUACUACCUCGUUUAAGAAUUAAUUUUAUUGUCUUGUUGUUUUCCUAAACUCAGGGAACAAAGUUUAGUACAUUUGAAAGUCAUGUAGUGUUACAUGCUGAACUGACAGGGUAUCUUCUCAGUACUAAACGGUUGUAGAGUGUAAUUGCCUAUAGAAUAUGCUAUGAAUGUAUGUCUGACAUUGUGUGCUACUAGCUCAGAUGUUUGUGCUGCCCUCCCCACAGAGUGGAAACCCCUUCUGCAGUUUCUCCUCAGGUCCUAUAACGUCUGUUUUUUUUACAACAGACUCUUGUGUUUAUUGACUUCUUCCUUUUGAUUUGUGUAAAGAUUCACACCAGAAGUGCUUGCAGUGUCAUGUCGGUAGAGAAAAGCUUUAUAAUUGGCCUUAAUGCGGGAAGUGUCCCUCAGAUGCUGAAACCAAAGCCUAAUGUUUCUGAGGGAGAAGCUCCACAUGAGGAAGCAACACAUGAAGAAUGAUUGUAGUAAAAGCAAUGGAAGUGUUUAAUCAGAGAUGAAAGUGAAGAAUUGAAUGAUCACCAUGGAACGUUUUACUUUGAAAAAAAUCUAUAUUUUUGUUAGAAGAUAAUGUACCACUGAGUACACGUUGUAGUUACUUUAGUUCCAAGUAGGUUUGUUUUGUUUUGCUGUAGAGUAGAUAAAGAUUAGCACUUGUCUGCCAAGUAGUUUUGUAUUAUCUGCCAAUGUGCAGCGGUGACCGUGAUGCUAUAACCCAAAGAGUUGUUUGCUACCUGAGUUUAUUUUAGUCUCUCAACUAAUCUCUGGCAGAAGGUUACUGAGGAAUGUGAAAUAAUCGAAAAACACAUUAUACCAAAGAUGAAACGCGGCCUUUGAGAUGAAUUGAGGCGCUGCUCCUCAAACAAAGCCUUGCACCUUAGUGGCCUUGACCCGCGACGAAAGGAGUUGCAGGUUAAAACUCUGAGGAAGUGCCAGCAGGAUACGCAGGCACAUAAUGACGAUGGAAUGACAAUUAGUAAUCAAUUUUUAUGCACACGAGCCAAAUUAUCCUGUCGCAGAGUUCCUCGAAAGCUGUUGCAAACAGAUGUCUGUACAUUUUAGGUGAAAAUUAUAAGAGUUAAAUACAGUAUAUUAUAUCGGUUAGAAGUCUGUGUUGCAACAGUGCAGUCCUGUGUAAACGUGCACCUGCUGAUUUUCCGCCUUGUGAAUGAGUAAAAAAUAAUUUACGAAAUGAUUUGAAAGAUUGUGUUUGGGAGGAUUCCACACAUGGGACAUACUUAAAGUAGUUAUAUAACAAGAAAUACAAGUAUUCAAAUUUAAUGCCUUUAUAUAGAUCAUUUUAAUCUCUAAAACUGAAUUUAUUGCAUUUUGGAAUUAUUAUAUCAUAUAUAUCAUUUUCAAAUCAUAAUUAUUAAAUCGUAUAUAAAUAUAUAAUUUUAAAUCAUAAUUAUGAAAUCAUAUACAUCAUUAUGAUUGUAGAAAAGUCAGCGGGUGCAUAAAUGUUUUCCCAUGUUUUUAAUCAGCAGAUUCUGCAGAGGAUUCAAUCAAGGGGGAUUUUUGGGAUGAAAAGUGACACAAUCAGUUUUUUUGAAAAGCAAACAAUGUAAACCAAAGAAUUCUUUUUUUGAAGGUCACCGUUGCAUAUUGGCGAGAGAUCAUUUUGAAAGAAUCCUGUCUUUGUGUGAAAUGUUCUAGUACUCAUUUUAGAAAGCAGCAGGAUGAAAAUGUUACAGUUAAUCAUCAUUUAUUUCCACAAAGUCAAGUUUUCCUUUUUUUUAAUCUGUUGUCUUUCAAGACAAAAUGUUUUUAUAUAUAUAUAUAUAUUUCCAUUUUAACUUGAACCCUAUAAUGUCUUCAUAUAUCCUGUAUUAUCAGUUUUACGGGCUCAAUCCAGAAUCUUAAAACAGCACUAUGUUAUAUACGGACCUACUUCUCAAAAACUGCUGCUGUUUAAGUUUUCAAGUAGUGAUAAUUACACACACAUACAAACAUACUGGAGUCAUACGGGUUCUGAAUUGGGCCUUCUGCAGCUCACACAGGUGUGCAAGUGCUACCUCGGGUAUUUAUGUUUUGUACAGUCCUCAUACAAAAGGACCUGGAAAGUUGGUCUGCUGUCUUUCAUCUUGUGAAUGGUGUUAUGUUGGAAUUAUGUCCGAGUAUGUGAUAAAACUGAGAGUCUGGUCCGUGUAUGAUCUGACUCGCUCUUCGUUCUCCCUUUUGCAGUAAUGUUGUGUUUAAAUAAUGUGAGGUGGAGAGCUGUGGGUCAUUUAGUCAAACUCAGGGGAACCCACAGCUGCUCCUCCUCAAAGAGAAAGCAGGUUUAGAAAAUGGAAUGUACCUUUUUUUGUAAUUAUGAUGUUUUCUGAUAUUUUCUGUUAAUUGUUUUGAUAUAUUUUGUCAGUUUUGUCUUUGUCAGGAAAAUCACUCGCAGGUUGGUUUUUGCCAAAAAUGUUUAGUUAGGAGAUUUUAGACUUUGGUUAAUUAUGAAGAAGUCUGAUUCUCACUUCAAAUAAAAGUACAAAAAUAGCAA